GAUCUGCUAAUACAAGUGUUAGUGAUGGCCCUGCAAGUCCAACAACAAAUCAGGAAAGUGUAUUUGAACAUGAACAAGAUAAUGUGGAGUCGUUGAGAAGUCUUCUGUUAGAGACCCAACACAAAUUUAACAUGUCUGAGCUUGAGGUUGCACGUCUGAAAAAUAAGUUAAUGGAACAAAAUGGUCUGAAGCCAGAUGAAUCUGAAAAAUUUGAACAAGUCAAUUAUAAACUGAGAGAGGCGGAGCGGAAUUUAAUGACGACAAAGAAAGAAGUUCACACCUAUCAAAAUAUGUUAGAACAGUCGCAAACCCAAUAUUUGGUCUUAGAAAAAAAGUAUAGUAAGGCCAAACAAUUAGUAAGGGAAUUUCAACAACGCGAACUCGAUAUGCUUCAUAGGGAAGACUUUUACCAACAGCUUCUUCAAGAGAAAGAUACUGAAUAUAACGCUCUGGUUAAAAAUUUAAAAGAUAGAAUCAUAGCUCUGGAGCAAGAGUUGUUGGAUACUCAGCGAAAAGCUGGAUUGCCUAUGAUUCUACCAUAUGAUAGUAUUGGUUCAAAACAACUUACGCCUCAAAUAUCUAGAAGACAACCACCUAAACCUCUUUAUCAAGCAUUAGAUCCAGAUUUUUCAGACACUGAAAUAUCAGAUGCUAGUCCAGACGAUGAUAAAACAGCAACUGUUGAACGAAAAUUGCCUAUAAAAGAAGAAUUCGAUAGAGCAGUGCCUCCUCACGAAUUGUUGGAUAUUUCUGCCAGCAAGAGUAAAGCGGAACUUGCAAAUAGAGGAGCUCUAGCUAAUAGGCAACUUCCAAGUGUGAAAAAGGGAUCUUUAAGCAAUAGUAGUUCAGAUUAUGGUUUAGAUGAAAGUUAUAAUUCAGCAGAUGAGGUUACCGAUUCUGCAUUUUCUCAAGCCAGUGAAUUUAAGCCAAAAUCAAAUAGCACCACUAUAAGUAGUUCAAGACCCACAACACUUAAUACCAAGCCACAAUAUACUCAAGUACAAUAUCCUGCACAACAAAUGCAACAUAACGUUCAAAAUUCACAAUAUAUCGUACAAUAUACUCAGGUGCAAAAGUCAUGCCAGUAUUCUUCAAAUCAAAGUUCUAGUGUAGUUUAUUCAAAGAUACAAAAGGAAGGGAGUAUUGUCCAACAACCAAGUCCGGAUCCAUGGGGUGAAAAUACGAAUAGAUCUAUUAAUUUAGCCACUGGCCCACCACCUUCAUUAGCUGAACAACUGAAGCAGGUUUUAGCUGAAAGAGAAAAGCGUCUUGGUACUGACAGUAUUAAUAGCUCCAUAGAUGAAUUGAAUGACAAAUCAAAAAGUGAUCCUGCUCACCAUUUGCUUGAGGAAAUUAGGCAAGCAGUGAAUGAAGCAAAUGCCAAAGUAAAGAAAGUUGUUCCUGUUACAUUAUCACCCCCAGGUAGUACGCCUUGGCAGCACCAAGGUAGCACUUCACCAACGCCACCAUCCCCUUCAAGCUUAUCUUCUGGUUCUGUAUCCCCUUCGAGGCAUGACGCGUCAUGGGCAACUACUGAUCUCAGUUUAUCUUCUUGCAGUAUAAGUAGUGAUAAGAGGAGCUCGCACUUCUGGCAGUCAGCGCCUGUUUCAGAGUGGAGUAAAGAACAAGUGUGCCAAUGGUUAUUAGCAAUAGGAAUGGAACAGCAUGUUUCGAAGUUUGCUGAAUUGCAAGUGAAUGGUAGUGCACUGUUGUUAUUGACCUCAGCGGACUUUAAAAUAUUAGGUAUAACAAGUGAUGAUAAGAGCCGCCUUAAACGUAAAAUUAAAGAAUUAAAAGUGCAAGCUGAAAAAGAAAGAAAGCAAAUGGAAAAAGAUCGGAAAGAAAAAGAGAAACAACACCGAAAAGCAGAAAAAGCCAGUAAGAAAAAAUAAUUGGCUGUCUGUCAUUAAGAAAUUUUUCAGUCGGCCUACAAGGUUUGAUUAUAUACAUACUUGAUACUUGAGUAUCAAGUAUGGCCAUACAAAAAUUAAGCUCAAUGGUUUAAGUGUAAAUUUGUAGUUGUGGUUAAGAUUGAUGUUUGUAAUUUUAGAAAGAAUUGUGCAACCACAAUAAUGUUGCCAUCAUUUGUGAAUAAUAUACUUUAAAAUGUGCUCGUGCUAGUUAGAAGAACUACCUAUGUAUAUAUUUUAUAGAAAUGUGACGAUAAGAUAAAUUAGUUACAUUUUCGUGUACUUAUGUGGAAAAUGUAAUAUUUCUGAGUUCCUUAUAUCAGACCAGGUCUUUAAUUUUUUUUUUAAUACUGAAGCUGUUACAUAUCAGCUUUUUAAAAUAAAAUAUUUUAAUUUUAGUUGUA